AUGAUACGGUUGUCACACUACUUGAACAACGAAUUGAAGGCAGUCAUCGAUCCUAUUAUAAAACGAAAUGCGUAUUUUUGUCAUCCGGAGAACCUUCUUCUAACAAUGCUUUCUGAUGAUCGUCCUGCUAUAAGACAACUUGGCUUACGAAGAAUAUUGAAGGCGUGCACAAAAAUAUCUACAGACGUAAGGGAAUUUGUUAUUCCUGAAUUAGAUUUCGAUGCUAGUGAUUAUGAGCUUAUUAAUUGGCAUAAUUGCUCAGUUACAGCACCACCUCUUUUAAGUACUGCAACUGAUGGAGAUAUAGGAACUUAUCCUGUAGAUUUUUUGUCCUUUCCCUGCCAUACACAGGCAGUAUAG